CGUCAAAACUCAAACAUGGCGGCGGCCGUACGAGUGUGUUGUGCCCUCCGAGUCGCUGUUGGAGGCAGAGCUUCCCUCCGCUCCAUAGGGGGCGCCUUCCACGGAUCCCAUUUGUUAAGUGGAUGGUCCCCUGCACCUCCUCUUGUGCCUGUCGCGUGUUGGCAGCAAAGUAGACAUGGCAGCUUUUUCAACAAGCUGACGGCCGAAGAGCUUUGGAAAGGCGUGCUGGCUGAGUCGGGCGCCGGCGGCAGGAAGGGAAGAGGGAAGAGAACAAAACGCAAGUUGAAGAAAGACUUGAACCGAGGACAGACCGUCGGAGAAGGUAAAGGAGGCUUCCUGUGGCCCGGCUUGAAUGUGCCGGUUCUGAAAGACGGUACUGUGCAGAGCAUGAGCCGCAGAGGCGACGCUGAGCAACAGGAAGUUAAAGCUGAACUGGUGCGUCAGCGUGACGAGUGGGAGAGGAGGAAGAAGAUGAAGAUCAAGCGGGAGCGAGGCUGGACUGGGAAGUCCUGGGGAGGCAUUAGUUUAGGACCACCUGAUCCGGGACCAAAUGGAGAGACCUAUGAAGACUUUGACUCUCGUGUCAUUGAGGUGAAGAGUGUGUUCAACAUGACUGCCAAGGAAGGCAGGAAGAGGUCCAUUAGCUGUCUGGUUGCCGUGGGCAACGGUCAAGGCGCUGCAGGUUUUGCUGUAGGAAAGGCGGCAGACAGAAAUAUAGCUCUUAGGAAGGCAAAGAAUCGGGCCAUCCACUAUUUGUACUACAUAGAAAGAUACAACAACCACACGAUUUAUCACGACAUCGACUCCAAGUUCAAAAGGACGACGCUUCGCAUGAAGAAACAGAACGAAGGUUACGGCCUUCACUGCCACCGCGCAGUCAUCACAAUGUGCAAACUCAUCGGUUUGAAAGAUAUGUACUGUAAAGUGGAAGGAUCGGUCAACCUGCUCAACAUAACCAGAGCGCUUUUUUCCGGACUGGCGAAACAGGAAACACACCAGUUAUUGGCGGACAAGAAGCAGCUGCACGUGGUUGAGUACCGGCAAGAACGCGGCCCCCUGCCGGUGGUGGUGGCGUCACCCAAGGAGGGAGCCCGAGCCCAGCCGGAACCCGAGGACGAGAUCCCCGACACGCGACUGCAUUGGGCUGACGUGCAAGCAGCGCAGGGACUGAAACGUUCCAUUUGGGCAGGUGUCAAACACACUGUCUGGUAG